CGCUAUCUCCCCUCGGAAUGGAUGCUCUACGAGGCUGUGGCCAAGGAGAUAUUCAAUCAAUUCGGCAACCCACAGAUAGAUCUAUUUGCCUCAACACUAAACAAGCAGAUCACUACUUACUACACCAAGCACAGGGAUCCAAUAGCAGUGGCGACGGACGCCUUCUCAAUUCCAUGGGACAAUGUUUUCGGUUAUGCUUUUCCUCCAUUUGCAAUCAUCCCCAAGGUACUUCAGAAAGUAGAGGAGGAGGGAGCCACCAUACUGCUAGUCGCCCCCUGGUGGCCCCGCCGACCAUGGUUCUCAACGAUAGUCGGCCUUCUGUGGGGGAGCCCGGUGUUUCUACCGAUGAGGCAGGACAUCCUGAGUCAACCAGGGACCCAGCACUACUACCCCGAGCCCAACAAACUGAGGCUCACACUGUGGCCCAUUACAGGGCAGCAGCAAUCAAGGCUGGACUUUCUGAACGGGCUGCCAAUUUCUCGGCAGAAUGUUUACGGUCUUCCACACGAUCAACCUACGACUCCAGACUCAGUCACUAUGUUAGAUGGUGUCGGCAGGCUAAGACUAAUCCAUGCAAGGCAUCUGUAGGGCCGUCUCGCCGGAUACUAUCUCUCGUUGGAUUGUGGAGGCAGUGAAAUCUGCUGGUGAUCCAGUCAUCAUUCACCAGACAGUUAGAGCCCAUGACACAAGAGGAUUGGCUGCUUCCUGGGCUUUAUUCAAGGGCGUACCCAUGGAGGAUAUAAUGAAAGCGGCAUAUUGGUCCAACGCUAAUACAUUCACAUCCUGCUACCUCUCGGAUGUCCUCAGUGAUGAAUCCAAGUUUGCCAAGGCCACCCUGUCCGGUCCCCAUCGCUAAUCCAAGGUAUGAGUUUAACUUUAAAAGCUUGUCAUUAGUAUCUUGUAUAAUAGAAUUGAUCUGUAGGGCCUCUUGGCUUUGGCCUGACCACCUCCCAUAGUUGUUUCCGUGGGAAUCUGGCUUUUAAGGGAAUAGGUAAGUAUGGCGUAUCUGAAGUAGAUUAUGUUGUUCAGUAGUGAACACCAUAUCUACGAAGUAGCCAUACUUACCUAUGCUACCCUCCCACCUCCCCUCUUUCUGUAUCUGAGGUUCGUUUGCCUAAGAAAGAGGAAGUGAGCCACGCACGCAAGGUACUUAUAGUAUAUAGGGCGGGGUUUCCCUCCUUGUCGUGCGGGGCCCUAGUCUGCGUUGCAGACUUUUUCUCCUUUUAUAGGAGAAAUUUUUUGCCGGGUGUAUUCGAGCGUGGCGAUCGAAUGGCUUUUGAGGGAAUAGGUAAGUAUGGCUACUUCGUAGAUAUGGUGUUCACUACUGAACAACAU